ACCUACUGUUUCUCUAUCUUUACAGGCUAUUAAGGACUAGUCAAGAAACUAAGUCCCACGGACAACAAUGUCAAGUUCAACAUGCUCGAAUUCAACAGUCAAAAGCCAUCAGAACUGGAUUUUUGUUACCGUGUAUUCGGUGGUCUUCCUAGUAGGACUUUCUCUCAACGUCACUGCGCUUGUGAUUUUCCUACGCAACAUGAAAUCCCGAUCGCAUACAACCAUGUACAUGGUUAACCUAGCGUUUGCUGAUGUUCUUCUGGUUUGCACGCUUCCAGUGCGGAUCUAUUACCAUGCAGGUUUGGGGUGUCUGCACCAGAGGGUCUGCGAUUUUGCCGGCGUCAUACUGCUAAGUAACAUGUAUGGCAGCAUCUUCCUCCUCACCUGCAUUAGCUUUGAUCGCUGCAUAGCAGUCUGUUUUCCGCUGUCUUCUCUGGUCCGCGAGGGCCGCAAGAAAGCAUGGUGCGUAUGUUUGGGAAUAUGGAUCCUAACUCUCGGAGCAAGUUUACCCAUCUACUUAAAACCGAGAAAUCGCAACAAUUCCAGUACAGUGCACACAAUGAACAUGACAAUGAAUAAGACCAGUCAAUGUUUUGGUGCUUUCCCUACUUAUGCAACUCAAGCAGGUGUUCUUGCUUCCACAAUAAUAUUUGGGUUUGGGAUCCCACUAACCGUCAUGGUUAUCAGCUCAUGGGGGCUCAUUCAGGCUAUAAAUAAAAGCACAGCUGUUCAGACCAGCGAACUUGUAGACAGCAGACGAAUUAAAAGGAUGAUAAUAACUAACCUGGCGAUCUUUCUGCUUUGUUUUCUGCCAUAUCAUGUUAUUCUUGUGCUGCUUCAUUUGUUUAAUAAUUCAAAUAUGUCAGACUCAAUAUUGAUGGUCUAUCGGUACAGCCUCAUGGUUGCUUGCCUGAACGCAAUGCUGGACCCUCUGGCGUACUACUUCGCAACAGAGACAUUCAGAAAAAAAAUGGAUGUUGAAGCUGUACGCAAAAAAUGGCUGAUAAACACUCACAGCUCGGAUGGAAACAAUCGCUCUCGAACCCCACUCACAACAUAAUUGUCACCUUUUUCUACCCGUGUUGCUUUCUGCAUUAUUAGCAAGCAAGCAAGUAGAUCAGGAAUAAGAUUAAUAACAUUUGUGACUCAUGUGUAUUGCAACGGAGAUAAAGGAAACCACAAAGAUGUAUGACUUUUCACUAUUCUGGAUUAGUUGUGAGUGUGUGCAAGAAAGUACAGUGUGUGCAAAAGCAAGUGUAAUAUAACCUCCAGUCAGAAGGCAUUGAGCUUGCUCAUAUCUGAGAAAGUAAGCAGAUGAAUCAUUCAGUCACUGAUGUGCCCUUGCAAGUAAUUUUAAUUUUACAAAGAACUCUGACUGGAAUGGGCUUGCAACAUCAAACAUGACACAUAUAACGUUUUUUUUGGGGGGAUAAAUAUACGUAAAAGUAUGUUGAAAGAUGAUGGUGAUCUGAAUUGGGUAUGUCAAAUUAGGAACAUUUGUCAACAUAGGCUCAUUCUGAAAACGUACCCCUAUAUACAUUUCUGGAGAUCGCGAAUUAUGUAGCCAGAAGUAUGAAUGACUGCAUUUCAUAUUUAAAAUGGAUGAUGCGGGGUGGUAUGGCGCCAUUCCUUUUCGUGCUUACCAGCUGACCGCUUACCUCCAUAUGGACGGCUUUUCUGCUGUUACAUAUUUGUCAAGUGGCUCGCUACAUAUGUCAGCGGACUUGUGAUGUGGAUUGGAGUUGACCGUGCUGAUGGGGUUUAAGCGAAGAACGGUUCCAGAAAGCGAGUAAGACAAAAACAAAAGCCAAAACGUAAAAUAAACAAGUAAAUAACUGGGUGAGAAUGUGGUAAAAUCUGAAAAUGUGGUAAAAAUCAGGCGAGUGCUUUUUUUUUGGAUUGCUUUUGAAAACACUGUCAGUUGGGUUUAGGGAAAGAGAACGUUGGGUCAGUCAGUCAGUCGACAGUGGCCUCUGGUGGAUUUACGCAAGAACAGCAGGUGUGAAUGGCACUUGUGAGAGAAAUUUGAGACCUGAAAAAGCAUACACAGCGGCCUCUGGUGGAUUCGUGAAAACAAAAACUGCAAAAAAACGUAGCUCCUGAGACAUAUUUGGUGCUUUCCAGAAAUGUAUUUAGGGGUUUGUAAUCAGAAUGAGCCUGGGUUGAAAUUUGUAGAGUUAAGAGCUACUGGUUUCGCGUAUUAUAUUAGAAUGUGAAGAGUUCCGGUGCAAAAACCAUGAAAUUUCCUUCUGAAAUGAAAUUUUUUAUUUACAUUCAGUUUUUGCGCUUUAAAGGCAAUGAAAAUAACCAACUCUUAACUCUGAACGUCUUAACUCUUCAUUUAUAUAUUUGUAAAGUUAUAAAAUUUGUGUGUAAAUAAAUGAGCAUGUAUGGAGUUUUGAUAUGAUCAUAUCAAUUGAUCUUAUGUUACCUUAUGGUAUGAUUGUUACCUUUACAUAGAAUAGUAUUUGGACAAAGGCAUGGGACGAUAAUCGCAUUCAAGGUAUACAGUGGUUUGGAAAGUCAAGGUUUUAAAAUUGCCAACAUUGUCUGCUAUACUGUUUCUAAGGUUUGUAAGACUUUUAUUUACAUUUUUUUGUUUUUUAGGUCAACAGUAUCUCCAGCAGAAAAGAUAUCCAAACAUGGCGUUUUAAAUUGUAAAGAAAUCUGUGUUUUUGAAACUUAUGGAGACAGCAGAAGUCAAUGAUUUAUUUUAAUUAUUUAG